GAUGGCCCGGAAGUACCCAUGACAGCCACAUAUUCCGUAUGUCAGGAAUAAGGCAGACUAUAGAGGAGAAGUUUCACUCGAUUAAGGAUGGGAUUGUUCUUGGUGACAGCGGUUACGCUUGUAAACCUUACCUCAUGACCCCGUAUCUGAGACCAUCGACACAGGCCCAGGAACGCUUCAAUUCGGCCCAUUCGAAGACCAGGGUGACCAUUGAGCGUGCAUUUGGUUGGUGGAAGAGGCGAUUUCACGUCCUCCAUGUGGAAAUACGGAUGACACCGGAGAGGGUCUGCACAGUCAUUGGAGCAUGUGCUGUACUUCACAAUCUUGCAAUUCUAUUCCGGGAGCCACUUAUAGACGAAGAUCAAGACUUGGAUGUCGAUGGAAAUAUUCAAGGGCAGUACAACGGACCCGAGGAUGGGAAAAACAUCAGAAAUUACAUUACGCAACAUUAUUUUUAAGAACGUGCAUGUAUUGUAUGUGCAUUCAGUGAAACGAUAUGAAAACAGCUAGUUGAGGUGUUCAUUGGUAUAUACACUGGUGUAUGGUGAUUGUAUUUUAUUCAUUUAUUGUAU